AUGCAGCCGGCGCUUUCCUGCCUCUGGUCGCCGAAAUUCAGCAAGUCGCCCGAUGUGCGGUCGUUCACCCCACCGUCGGAGGACAAGAUGGCGGCGUGGCUCGGCGCCAUUGUCAAAGGCGAGGAACUUGCCUGCUGCAAUGACGACGAUGGCAGCAAUCGCCGACCCACGACUGAUGAUGGUCGGGAUGUAGUGCCGGCGGUGAAGUGGACGUCGCCGACGACUGCGAUGGACAAGAAAGAAAAGAUCCCAACGACAACGACGGAAGGGAGGAUGAUGGGCAACAAGGAGAGCUAA